AAAAAGAACUACAUUAUGCCGACUAGUCGGUCGCCUGUUUUCUUUUUAGUUGUUUCCUUUUUUAACGUGCCAAUAAUUAAUGGCCUGGUGUCACAAAUUGCUGACAUCCGACUUGAUGAGUGGUGGAUUGAUUCAAGUGUUCCCACAGCAUCAGUCGCAUCGAACGUCAGUGAAAAAUGCCUCCAACACACACAAGAAUUUCUAACAGCGCUCCGCAAUCGACAAUCGUGGGCAGUAAAGAUGUACGAAUCGUCGGGAAGAUUGGUGGAAGAUCUGAUUUACAUAGAAGGAAGCAGCGACGUUCACCACGAGCCCGGAUUGUUUGAUGCAUGUGUCUCUGUACAAUCGGACGGAAUCCCAUUCAAAGGACAAUACUGCACCGUCUUUUUUGGCCUGAAAGAAGAAAAAAAUAUUGGCAACCAACAAACAGACUUCAUGACUCCAUCGAGCAAUGUUGAGGAUUCCAAUGAACCAAACGAAAGCUUGUCAGAUUAUCAAACCCCCAGCGUUGGUUUUUGCCUGCCGUCUACUUGCAGUGCAAGUGAUUUGCGCUCUGCACUUGUUCACCGUGUCGGACAUCGCAUCACCAAGGGUAAAAAAUUCUUAAUAGUAGUCAAUUCGGAUGAAACUUACUGCUAUACUCAAGAGAAAAUCGAUGCUAAUGGCGCUACAUUGGAUAACCUUAGCCUCGGCGUAUUAUUAGUAUUUUGUGCAUUGGGCAUUACUGUCGUUGUAGCAACAAUGUACGAUAUAUGGAUCAUCGAAGAUCGAAAAACUUCGCAAAGAGCGUUUGCACUUCAGAUGCUACAUUGUUUCUCCGCCAAAAAGAAUUGCACAAUGCUAUUUUCGACUGAAGAUGAUGCAGAGGAUAGUUUAUCGUGUUUGCACGGGGUGCGAAUUUUGACGACGUGUUGGAUUGUAUUAAUCCAUUUGGCUGGGGCAAGCACCUUUCUGCGCCUGAGCUACAAUAAAAAAAUGGUUCUUCAAAAUUCCUUACGAUGGGAAUUUCAGUUUGUCGCAAACGGAUUAUUUGGUGUUGACACUUUCUUUUUACUAAGUGGCCUUUUGGUUUCCUUUACUCAAAUGCGCCAGUUGGAUUUGAAUCGUGGCUAUUUUAACAUCAAGAGAUUCUACGUCCGACGGUACAUGAGGUUGACUCCAGUGUACGCCGCUGUGCUUGCAUUUUUAGCAACACUUUGGCCUUACAUCGGAACUGGACCCGACUGGCAUUUUGUGCAAAGAAUUAGCCAGAGCGUUCGAGAAAACUUUUGGGCGCAAAUGCUGUACAUCAACAACUACGUAAAUCCCCACCGAUUUACCAGCCCAGCUUAUGGAUUCGCUGAAUCGUGGUAUCUUUCUUGUGACAUGCAAAUGUUCUGGAUUAGUCCACUAUUUAUUUAUCCACUCUGGCGGUGGAAGAGGGUCGGAUUCAUUUGGACCGUAUUCUGCUUGCUGCUGUUUUUGGGAAUCUCGGCCAUGACCUUUAUUGUUUACGACCUACCACCAACUAUUAUUUGGCUAAGAUCGUCAGAACUCUCGAGGAUCGAUGUAUAUUCGCAACGGCACUACAUGGAAACAUUCGCUAGGAUUCCACCAUACAUGAUAGGAAUUCUUCUUGGCUGGUUACUCCACAAGACAAAAGAUAAGAGAAUUCACAUCAACAAAAGUCUAAUAGCUACAGGUUGGAUUUCAGCCGCAAUAAUUGGGUCUCUAGUAACUUACGGAAUAUACCCAUAUCUGGAUGAAAAGACGGUGCCGAUCAUCAACCCAUUCGUUCGGGUUUUGUAUGGGGCUCUUCAUCACUCGGCAUGGGCAAUCACUGUUGGUUGGAUCAUAUUUGCCUGUACUCACGGAUACGGAGGUAUUAUCCAUCGAUUUUUGUCGUGGAAAUUGUUUCUGCCGUUCAGUAGGCUGAGCUAUGCCGUCUAUCUGAUUCACUUCAAUUUCAUCAGAGCAUAUGCAUCUCACUUACGCAAACCUUUCUAUUUUACUGAAUUGAUUUUCGGUACAACAUACCUUGGGAUUCUCAUGAUUGCCUUCUUCAUUUCAUUUGCUGUCUCUGUCGUCGUGGAAAUGCCGUUCCUCAAUUUGGACAAACUCCUUUUUCCAAACAAACCAAGGGUUCUAGAAAAAAAUAAGAAUAAGUAAGAAUGAGUAAGAACUUGCGAGAUGGAAACAGCAGAAGAAAUGGCAGUGGGCUGAUACAAUAAACAAUCAGAAAAAGCUAAACAUACAUAAUAUUUGGAUACUUGCUUCCAGAAAAACAAUCGAGCUAUUUUGCUA